GCGGAGGCGUUGUGUUUAUGUGAGUCUGUGCUGAGGCUAAACAGCAUGGCUCAAACCCAGGUCAGGCUGGGCGGUCUGCUUUUGCAGCAUCAAUACGGGGAGAUUGUGGAGAAUGUCGGCACUUUCUUGGCUGCUAAAGGAUCAUUUCCACUCAAGGAUAUCGCAGAUGGCACCAAACUGGGAAUGAAUGAGGUGAAGAAAGCCCUGUGUGUGUUGAUCCAGCAUAACAUGAUGGACUUUGAGAGAAAUAGGCGGGGUCUACUGGAGUACACCAUUCACAUCAACAAGGUGCUACACAUCACACGGUACCCCAGAUAUAUAUACUGUGCCAAGACCCUGUAUGGAGAUGUAGGAGAGUUCCUUGUGGAAGAACUGCUGAGUCAUGGGCAGAUGAUGAUGAGUCAGGUUUGCAGGAGGGUGUCUGAACGCAUCACACAGGCUUUGGAAGAAGGCCAGUCGGUUGAUGAGUUCCAGGUGAGAAAGACGUUUGUUGACCUGGUGAAGACACACUUCCUGCAGCGAGUGGCGGCUCCUCCGUCAGACAGCGGGGACAAGACAGACGCAGAGACAGAACUGCAGGUCAAGGAGAAGGAGAUGUUCCUUAUCCCACCUGCCAUGGAUGUUGACUACAGUAAAGUCAACCCCAGUGUGUCCUCUAGUGGCAAAAGGAAAAGAGAAGAUGGGGAAGAAGGGGACAAGGUUGCCAAGAGACCUCGCAGUACAUCUCCUUUGUCGGAUGAAAAGAAUGAAGAUGCUCCAGACAAAGGUGUUUACUGGCACGUGAACUUCACCAGAUUUCACCAGUUUUUCCGAGACCAGGCUGUCCUGUCUGCUGUCAACAGUAAGAUGGACAGGUAUGCGUGUGAAAUAGUGCGGACAAUGCUGCGCAUCAGUGAAAAGACAACAGUACCCUUAGCGCCAACUACACAGCCCAUGUCUUCUCAUGAGAUCUUCCAAAACUUGCCUUCAGAGCUGGACUUGAGCAGAUCCACUCUUGGGGAAUACCUGACUCUACUAGCUGAAGACAAGACUGAGAUUGUGAACAAAGCAGGAGAGAGUGGAGGAGGAAUGUACAUCCUCAAUAUGCAAAAAGCACUGCAGACCCUUUGCAAGGCCAGUAUUGAAUCUGUUGUGCAAGAGAGAUUCGGAUCCAAGUGUUCACGAAUAUUCCGCCUGUUGCUGAUGAAACGUCACUUGGAGCAGAAACAGGUGGAGGAUAUGGCCAUGAUUCCAGCCAAGGAAGCCAAAGAACUGCUGUACAAGUUAUUCUCAGAGAACUUUGUUACCAUGCAGGAAAUCCCCAAAACUCCAGACCACGCACCCUCCCGGACGUUCUACCUGUUUGGCAUUAAUAUCCACCAGGUGAGCAGGAUGCUCCUGGACAGGUGUUACAAGGCAAUGGGGAACCUCAUCAGCCGCAGAGAGCACGAGAACACAGAGAACAGGAGGCUACUAGAGAAGUCCCAGCGAGUGGACGCCAUCGCUGCGUCCCUACAGAGCUCGGGCGCCGACACCACACAGAUGUCUGAAGUAGAGGAGAUGAUCACACCUCCCGAGAGACAACAACUCAACAAGCUCAAACACGACAUCAACAAAUUAGAACAGAGUGAACUUCAACUGGAUGAGACUAUUUUCCUGCUAGAGAGUUACCUCCCUGGCUCAGAGGCUAUGGUGAUGUAUUAGUUAUUAACAGUCAGAUUUCCAGUCAGAUCUAUGUAAUUGCAUAUGCCGUCAACUGAACUACAUGUGCUUUAUAUGAAGUAACCAUCCUAUGGCCACAUUAUUAGAAGGAAAUUGCUGACAGUAUAGAAGUUCAGAAACUGGCUUAACAACUGUACUAAGUAAACAUUCAAUACAAUCAUACUACUUUUGACAGCGUACUUCUUUUGUUAUUGACAGUGAGAAUUACAAAGUGUUACUUGUUAGUUAUUAAUUCAUUUAAAGUGAGUCAGAGAUUCUACUGUUACAGUUUUUGGUUCUUCGUGUUGUACCCUUGCAAUUCUGUAAUAAAAUCUUUACAAAGUAGUGAGCAUUUUAUUCUUUUUGCUUCAUGCCUUUAUCUAUAGCAAAACCCGGAGAUCUGAGCAGGGAAAACACAAAGCUGAUCAGAGAAAAUGAGUCGUAUAAUAUCUGUGUAGAUUAUCCAGAUCUAUUUUUCUUCAGCACUUAACACAGGCUAAGUAAGGUAGACUUGCUGUUGGAAACAUUUUCAUUCCCAUUUAUUAGUAGUCAGCUCAUGUCUUCUCCAGGAGCUCCGAUUGACAA